UGACGAUCUACCGCACCCAAACACAAUAUAUUGUACGGCCUGGUGUUGGUAGUGGGUAUUGGCGUCUGAGCGGUGGGAGCUGGGCCAUCGGGGCAGCGGACACCAUUUUCAUAGCUGGGAUCGCGGCCAAAGGGGGCGAGGACAGCAGUGCCUAGCUGGUGCGGUGGCCAUUGCGGGGACCGGGACAGCAGGGUUUAUAGCUGGGACAGCACUUCGAGGCUGGGACAGCAGGGAGGGUUUAGAGUUUUAGUUUGAUAUGUCUGGAACGGAGGAGGACGCAACUCUGAGCGCGAGGCUGGAUGAGGCGCUACGAGCUAUAGAUUUCGCCAAGGCUGAGACGAAGGAGGCCAAAGCUGAGACGGAGGAGCCUAGGGCAGAACGGCGGCGGUCGGCGGGGGCACCUGCCGGCAGAAGCUCAGGAGGCGACGGUCUAGUUGCUCCUGGAGGGGCUUCAUCUGCACCGGUGAGGCCAAUGUGGCCAGGCGGGGUGAGUCAUGAUGGCGGUACUGGGGUGCCGGGUUUGCCUCUGGGAGGUACAAUGUCAGAACUCCUGUGCCUAGAAUCCCGUCUAAUUGCACCGCCGACACCUUUCUCAGUUGGCGGAGACGCUUUCUGGCCUACGUGGACAACCAUAACCUCCAGCACACAAUCUUCGGCAGUGCUGAGGUUCCCGUUGUCAGUUGUCAGGAUGAAGGAUGCUUGACACGCCAGUAUCUGCACUGGUUGUUGAGCACAAUAUUCUGUUUGAUAUUUUUCGCAGUAAGAUGAUUUCGUAUUUUCAGGAGGAGGGCGUGCAUGAUGCGUUGGAACUAGAGGUCGAGGUCAAGGUCGGGAAGAGGCGUGUGAAUGUAGGAUACCUUCGGAGACUGUUUGGUAAUGAAGUGGUAGACAAGUCUUUCAAACUGUGGACUAUCCUUAUUAGCAAGGUUUUGUAUCCCCCGAUUCAGAUCUUGAUUCUGGCGUGCAGCUGGCGGCCAAAAUCGUGACGGAGAGAAGAAAAAUAGUGAAGUGUUCAACGACGACCCCGGCAGAUUUUGCCGCUACCACCAGUCCGCGCUUCACACCAACGAGCAGUGUCGUCUCUAGCAGCAACUGCGGCGCGCGCGUUCGAGAGAGGGCGCCGAGGAACGCCGCUCGGGCGGCGGCAGCCGCGGUGGCGGCGGUAGCCAGCGAGGGGGUAGGCCGCCGCCGGGGCNGGAACGGGCAGAGAGAGGCCCGGGGCACGCGCGUUCUGGCCACGGAAGAGAGCAGGCGUACGUUGUGUACUACGCCCACGAUGAUGGUGGCUACUACAAAGACUACGGCGACUACGACGACGGCUACUACUACGAAAACGGCUACCAUGACGCCGGGUACGCCCACUACGCCGGCGGUGGGGGNUUCUCCUGGCGCGCCUCCAUGUUCGGGCUACCUCCACCUCUGCACGGCACGAUCGGUGCCUAUAGGCAAGUCUCACCCUGUAGAAUAGGAGUGACGAUUGGAGUAGAGUCUGCUGCGUCUGCUUCGUCUUUGCUGAGUGUGGAAUCUAGUGAGGGGCCGCCUGGUAGCGAGAGACGGGUGGCUUACCCAGGAGCCAGCAACAGUUUCACUAACAGCAGCCUACACAUGUAUGACCUGCAAGAGAUCCCCGCCAGUAGGAAGUACGUCGUUGUAGGUGAUGGUCGACUGCUAGAAGUGCAAGCCAUCGGUAGUAUUAAUCUUAGUUUCUUUCAGGAGGAUGAGAAUGGUGAGAAAACGACGAUGUGUGUGAAGCUCACUGACGUGUCUGUUGCAGAGAGCCUGAGCCUCAACUUGUUCUUAACGCAUGCUGUUUCUCUGAAGCAACCAAUCCUCUACGACGAACGUGGUGCAACCUUACAAAAUGGACUGCUCUUUGCGAGAGAGGAUAAAGAAUCUGCAGCGUAUGCCAUGCGGUUGCCGUACGACCCAUCUGCGACUAUUGUAGACCCUGCUGCUUUGCCCGCAUUCGUGGCUGCCCCCGAUUCC